AUGUGUUCGUGUUCGUUCAACGCCAAUGCGUUCCUGUUCAACGCUAAUGUGUACGUGUUCAACGCCAAUGCGUUCGUGUUCAACGCCAAUGCGUUCGUGUUCAACGCCAAUGCGUUCCUGUUUAACGCCAAUGCGUUCGUGUUCAACACCAAUGCGUUCGUGUUCAACGCCAAUGCGUUCCUGUUCAACGCCAAUGCAUUCGCGUUCAACACCAAUGUGUUCGUGUUCAACACCAAUGCUUUCAUGUUCAACGCCAAUGCGUUCGUGUUCAACGCCAAUGCGUUCGCGUUCAACACCAAUGUGUUCGUUGUGAACGCGUUCAACGCCAAUGCGUUUGUGUUCAACCCCAAUGCGUUCGUGUUCAACACCAAUGCGUUCGUGUUCAACACCAAUGCGUUUGUGUUCAACUCCAAUGAGUUCGUGUUCGUUCAACACCAAUACGUUCGUGUUCAACGCCAAUGCGUUCGUGUUUAA